AAGCAAUAUCCCGAUAAAGUACAAACUAUCGUGGGCGGCAAGACGUAUGAGGGACGUCCAAUCAAAGGCGUCAAGGUUUCCUUUAAACCCAACAAUCCUGGAAUAUUUCUCGAGGGUGGAAUUCACGCCAGGGAAUGGAUCUCGUCAGCAACUGUCAUGUUCAUUUUACAUGAAUUGCUGACAAGUAACAAUCCGGAGGUCAGAGAACUGGCUGAGAGUCACGAUUGGUAUAUCUUUCCAUUGCUCAAUCCUGAUGGAUUCGAGUACACGCACACUGCGAACCGAUUAUGGAGGAAAACACGUAAGCAAUAUACGGAUGAGUGUUAUGGCAGUGACCCCAACAGAAACUGGGAUUACAAAUGGAAUGUUAAAGGUGCUAGCAAUUCUCCAUGCUCUGACCAUUACGCUGGAAGUGCGCCAUUCUCUGAAAUAGAAACAAAGAGCAUGUCUCAAUAUAUCAGAUCUAUUUCUGACAAAUUCUACGCAUAUAUUGCGUUUCACAAUUAUGCUCAAUAUUUGAUGUGGCCUUAUGGCCACACACAAGUUCAUCUUGAGAACUAUAAAGAUUCAUAUGCAAUUGCCUCGAAAUCAAUUGCAGCUCUCAAAAAAAGAUACGGAACUGAAUAUAAGAUUGGAAACAUUACCGAAACGUUUGGUGAGGCUAGCGGAACGUCUGUGGAUUAUGUCAAAGGCAUUUAUAAUAAAUCUAUUGUCUUUAUGUAUGAGUUACGUGAUCAAGGUCAUUAUGGCUACUUGUUGCCACCUGAGAAGAUUAUUCCGACUGGACAAGAAACUUUAGAUUCUCUUGUAGCUAUGCUUAAAGAGGCAAAAGCACUUGGAUAUCCAAAAACAUCAUUAUACCAAAAGUAGUUAUAGUUUUAUUGCAAAUACUUUUAUGAACUAUGUUGUUUUAUUUAACACAAUUUAUGAGCUUAUUCCCGUUUCACAAUUUAUAAAAUUAAUUAAUUUUAAACUGUUAUAACUAGAGAAAGACUUUGGAUUUCUUUGUAGUUAGGCGAUAAAAAAAUGUAAAAAUAUCAAUGAAAUUAUUUGUAAUUUUUAUUGAUUGGAUUCAUUGGAUUGUAAACAGUAUUGCU